UCUGAUCAACAGCUGAUUGUUCUGCUGACGUGCAGCAAACAGUCGCUUCAUUGUGAGGCUUCUCACUCGGCCCCUGCAGGCCGGGUCUUCUCUGUCAAACAGUUAGCAGGAAACCAGAAACAAGUUUUUGCUUUGCAAAUGAGCCGAGCGUCACCGCAGAGAGGUCCACCGCAGGUUUCAUCAGUUUCUUCUGUUUCUCUUCCUCUACCGCCCCCUGAGCGCAGCGAUGGCAGGCGAGAGGAGGACAGAGAUGUGAACGCAGCGCAGGAGGAAGUCAGUUUGGAUCUGCAGGUUCAGGCAGGCAGACACACAGAAAUCGGUCCUGCCAUGUCCUCCAGCGCACCAGAAACGAUGAACGGCGAUAAUUCCACCUCCUGUGACCCAAAUCACAGAGCGGCCAACACGUUCUUCAUCAUCAUCUACAGCCUCAUGUUUCUGGUGGGUCUGGUCUUGAACGGCUUCACGUUGAGGGUUUACUUCUGUGUGGCUCAGCAUCAGGCAUCCAGCAGCGUCACCAUCUACCUGAAGAACCUGGCAGCCUCCGACUUCCUGAUCAGCCUCUGCCUCCCGCUGCGCAUCAUGAACUUCGCCACCAACUCCAGCGUCAUCCGACAGGUCUACUGCAACUUCGGCGCCUCGGCCUUUUAUCUCAACAUGUACGCCAGCAUCCUGUUCAUGGGCUACAUUGCUGCCAACAGUUCCUCUUUCGACACGGUCAGGGUGAUCAGCCCUGGCCAUAAGGUCGGCCGCUUUGAGAAAAUGACCAUUUGA